AUGCCAACGUUUAAUCCAUCACCCAAAGAGCAGAAUAUUUGCUUUCUACCCCCCUAUUUCUCCUCCUAUCUACCUAUUCAGCUGAUGACGCUGGCCAUCCACUCAAUCUCUGAUGCCCUAAGACGCAUCUUGAAGGCCCGCGGAGAUGACGCUGAUAUCAGCAACAGUUCCAGCGACAUUGAAUAUAUGAAUGCUUCGGAACCCACCGGUGUCUUCAUAGUCGGCGCUGCCGCUGUUGGUCUGCUACUGGGUGGCCAACGAACUGCUGAUAUGGUCCUGGUCUCGCAUGAACUUCCCUCUAUGGAUUGUGUUGCUGAGGUGGCUGAAGAGUUGGAGGAAUUGUUGAAAGAGUCGUGCAAGAAUCACUCAGUCACUGUGGCAACUGUCGAAGGGACCUACGUGCUAGUCCAGAUGACUUUGAAAUCAACAAAACCUGCGGACAAUCCCAGUGCAACGGAUAUCAUGGUGACUGUUCGACUUCGUCUCACUUCGACCAGCAUUUUGAAUACCAAAGUGGGGACUGCACUCAAGCAACCUAAAAGUGGUGCUGAUGAUCAUCAUCAUGAGGGUCAUACCACUGCUGCUGCUACUGCUGCUUUUGCAACUGGUCGAAGUGUUAGUGGUAGCCGCAGUGGAGGUACUCAUGAUGAUGAUGAUGAUGAGCAGACUCAAUUCAGCAAAGCGCUCCUCUGCCUCUCUCCAGGAGUCUGCCGAGACGCGCUUACUGAUAUGAGACGGGCACUGUGGCUUCAGGGCGCAAUGGCGGCGCAUCCAGCGAAGGCGGUAUUGCAGAAUGUUGCGCGAUUGAUGCGAUGCCUCAUUCGUGACUCACAGCCGCUUUCAUGGGGCCACUUUCCUGAUUACGUUUUGUUGGUGCUGCUGGAACGACUCUCGUACAUGGACCUCGCACCACCUGACAUCUACCAUGGUGCACCGGCAAGGCUGCGAAUGGGUCUCCUUUUUCGUCGCCUCCUCGAGUGCCUCUCUACGGGAGCGUUAAUUGCGCGGGAUGGCGAGUUGGCCAACCUUUCUGAUCCUGUGGACACUGAUGCCGCACUCCUCUUAACUCACAUGAAACAGGAGGAUAGGCUGGCUGCUACCUCAGCGGCCCAGAUGGCCCUUCGAUUGGUGGCAUUUAGACAGAUUUACAAGGUUAUCCGUUCUUAUGAUGAACUUUCUGUCAAAAUUCAAAUUUUUAUAAGUCUGAAGUAG